UCAGAGACAAUCAAAAUGUUUGAGUUUCCAUGCGCAGUGACCAGGGAGGUAACACUGCGCGUUAUUUACCCCUCCUCCAGCUCCGACCGCUCCGGCCUCCCACACCAACCCAGGCUUUUAAAGUCACCCCCGGUCCAAAAGAGCAAAACAAAACAAAAACCAAGAAAACGCAUUCCUAAAGGACAGCGCUGCUGAUGAGAUGUGACUUAAUUCUGCCGGGAGGAACAAAACAAAACAAACCUGUUGGCGACGAUGAAUUACCCCAAGGCGCAAAUGUCGAACCUUUCUGACGAGGGGAGUCUGCAGCAGUCCGUUCCUGGAGGCGUGAAGCUGGAGGCGGUGAUAGAGCAGCUGCAGAGGCACCCAGGAGCCAAACUGGAGAUUAACCUGCAGGAGAAACAUUUCCUUCAAGCUCAGUUCCUCUUGGCCCAUCAGGCCGUGGCGGCCCGAGGGCCCGGCGGCUCCAGGUCGGACCCGCUGCUGUGUGGGGAACCGGACGGACCGAUCCACCAAACCGUCCUGGACCAGACGGAGCCGAAGCAGGAGAGCGCAGAUGGAGAACAGCGGGAAAUGCUGGAGCCUAAAGAGGGGGAUGAGUUGGAGGAAGAGGGAGACGAGAGGAAAAUGAGUUUCCAACAUGUUUCCCACUUCCAGCCGUAUUCCACGUCUCUGCCGUCUGGCGCGGAGCAAAAGUCUGAGCCUUCGCCUUCAGCAGUGAAAGAGGAGCAGGAGGAGAAGAACCUGCUGCCUCCUGUGGGUCAGAGCAGCUUCACGUCGCCCAACAGCCUCGCUGACUGGGGAUACGAUGAGCUCUUCAAACUGAGAGGAAGCGGCGUCUGGACGGAGGAAUCUGACGGAGCAAAAGUGAGAGGAGAGCCGUCUAGAGACUUUGCCAAGCUCUAUGAACUGGAUAACGAUCCCCAACGGAAGGAGUUUCUUGAUGAGCUCUUUGUCUUCAUGCAGAAACGGGGAACUCCUGUGAACCGCAUUCCCAUCAUGGCAAAACAGGUGCUGGACCUGUACAGGCUUUACAAGCUGGUGACGGAGAAGGGAGGACUGGUGGAGGUCAUUAACAAGAAGAUCUGGAGGGAAAUCACCAAAGGCCUCAAUCUGCCCACCUCCAUCACCAGCGCAGCCUUCACCCUGCGCACGCAGUAUAUGAAAUACCUGUAUCCGUUUGAGUGCGCUAAGAAAGGUCUGAGCUCUCCGGGCGAGCUGCAGGCAGCGAUUGACAGCAACCGCAGAGAGGGACGCCGUCCCAGCUACACCAGCAGCCUCUACCGCUACUCUCCUUCCCAGACCUCUGCCCCACAUGCCCUCCUGCCCUCACCGACCAUGCACACUCCCCCGACCGCUCACAACGGCAUCAACAUGAGCCUGUCUGCCAGUUCAAAUUUAAAAGGAAGCACAGAUGAGAACUCAACACCGGUCAUAUCCAGGCUGCCGAUGGCUCUGGGCCACCAUCAGCAGCAGCAGCACAAUCAUCCACAUCAUCAGCUCGCACAGCCCGCCACGUUAGAGCAUCUCAGGGAGAGGCUGGAUCGACCAGUCGACGGUCCGGAGAAGAAAAUGAUGCGGCUUGCGGAGGAGCAGCAGCGUCUCAUGCAGCAGGCGCUGCAGCAGAACCUGCUGGCGAUGGCGUCCCACUUCAACCCCAUGAGCCUGAAGCUCAACAACGGGAAUGAAAAGAAAAAGGAUUUGUCUCUCAGCAUCUCUACCAACGGACCAGCUAGUAUCAGUGUAUCUGUGGAGGUCGACGGGACGGUUUACUCAGGGACCCUGUUAGCCCAGAAGACCUCCGCUCCCGUGUCGUCACACACUGUAACUCCAGCAGGAACCAGCGGCUUCAGCGCCCUCUCCUGCUCUCACAGUUCAUCCUUUUCGUCUCCCACCUCCUCUAAGGGACCAAAUUAAAGCUUUUAAAAUCUGUCUCUGAUGCACCUAAUAUGCCUCUGGUACUUAAAAAGUGGGCACUUCAGGGAAAAAUAAUGUCACACACAAAAAAAGUCUCUUUUUUUCCACUUAAUCACUUUUAAUUUACUCUGAUAGUCUUUCAAACUGGACUAUAUCAUUUGAAACCUUCACAUAAAUAUGGAUUCAUAUCAGUUUACUGUACCUGUUGGGAAUAUUUUCUUUUUUAGGAACUUGACAGGGAACACACAAUGAACAUCCUUAAUGGACUCUGCUUGGGUUUCAGUGACACCAAUAAUUUCUACUACUUGAAUUUAUUUGCAUAAUAAUCUGAAUGUAGUUGCUAAAGUGUAGCUAGCAGAAACCAUAAAGCUUUAGCUUGGUGACAUAGCGUCUGUCUUCAACUGUUUUUGCUGAUGCCUUUUGUAAUUAUUCAGGUUAACUUGACUGAUACUUUAUGAUUUUCAUCAAGGAUUUCAAGGAAUAUACAAGAAAAUGUUUUCUCAGAAAAAGAAAGUGUGCAGAGUGGAUGGAUCUAUUUACUGUUUUUUUAUUAUUUAAUCAUUUAGAUUUAGUUUUUAACAUUUAUUUCCUGUUGGCUAUGAAAGUGAGACUUGUGUUUAAGCAGGGAACUAUUUGUAAUGCUGAAGUGGUGCAACGUUUACCUCAGUUGUCUUCCCAUGUUAAGUUUCUCAGACUUGUUCUUUAUCUGCUAAUGAGUUGCUGUGUUUGUACAAAAGCAGAGAAUGUAUGGUUGAUGACCUCCUGUUUUGGACAGGAAAACACUGACACUGCUACCUCAUUCUACUCGAAAUAUGCAACAUGUUCCUUUAGCUGCGAGCUAAAAAUAAUCUGGAUGUGGACAAUCAAGUAGACAUAUCUUUGCUGCUGCUGUGACUUUGGCAUUUACCGCUGUGCUGGUCCUGAGUUUCAUUCUUUCUUUGGAUGGGCAGCCAUGAGAAAUAAAACAGAGAUUCGUGGUGCUGGAAAAACUUUGGAAAGCAGCUAGUGCUGGUGUAUUUAUUCUGUUAAAUUCAAUCUUAGCUACGUUCACAUUGAAACCUGAAGCGACCCAAUUUUGGGUCCUGCGACCUGUGUCUUAUUUUUUCAUGGCAGUCUGAACAACACGGAUCGGAUUUCUUUGAAUGCGAUCCAGACUACUUGGACAUCCGAUACGCAUCUGAUUUUUAUGUGAUCCGAAUCUGAACGUCCAGGUCACGUUCAUCCGACAUGGAAGUCAUUGAUACUUGACAAACGUCGCUGUUCUGCGUCCUGAUACGCGCAAGCGGGAAGAAAAACAACUAUGGCGGACGAUAAUGGAGAUUAAGUUGUUAAUGUGCUGGCUCCGGUCGUACAAUAACUUAUAAGUAAGCCAUGCUCCACCGUUUUAAAAAAAAUUUUAUUAAACACUUUGAACAAUUAUACAAGAUCACGUGGCAUGUACAUACAUGAAGAAAUCAAGGCACACAUACUGUAUAAUUAUAAGACAACAAUAAAAAAGUAAACAUAUAAAUAAAUAAAAUUUGUCAGAUAUCAAACGGAGGGAUAGCAGAACGACAAAAACAAACAGAAAAAGACAAAGGGGCAUUAGUUCUCAAAUAAAUUCAGAUUAUUGUGGCGAUGUAUUCCCUGCUUGUUUUUCAUCAGUUUUAAGGUUCUGUAGUGAUUGUCCAUUAGAAGGUUUUUAAAGGCUGAAAAGUCAGGUUUUCUAUCUCCCCAUUUGCAGGAGUGGAUGAAGAAUUUGGCGAGGAUCAGCAGGUUAAGAAUGAGGUCGGUUCUUCUGUCUCUGCGGGUUUUUCCAAAUAUUACAUCCUCUCUUUUUUAAGGGAUGAUGUAGGAAAAGUUUUGUUGAGAUCCAGUCCUGGAAGUUUCUCCAAAAUGUUUCAGUUUACACACAAUAGAAAAAGAGAUGAUCUGUUGUUUCAAUGUCAUUGUCACAAAAGGUACAGCUGUUGGUAUCAAAGCUGAAUCUUUGUCUUAAUAGUUGCCUGGAUGGAAAAAUGUUGAGAAUUUUAAAAUGAACUUCUUUAGCUUUAGGACUUGGAGGGUAUUUAAGGUAAGAAGUUCUCCACUUAUUAACCUCUGAAUCAGAAAACAAAUUUAAAAUUGAUUUUUAUUUGGUCGGACAGGAAAUAAAAAAAUAGUUAGAUGCUGACGCAUCCGUUUGUUAGAAUUACUUUUGUCCAAAAGGUUAACUCCAAACAAUUGAAGUGCAGGUAACUGAAGAUGAGCUGAUUGAAUGUUUAUAUUUUGAACCACAUAUUUGACUGCAGUGGGGAUGGAGCUCAUUACUGUGUUAAACUGAGUGCGUGAGCAAUCCAAAUUAUACAAUAAUUAUACAAUUAUACAAUAAGACAACCAAUCUCCACUGUCAUUAAGAAAAUGUCUUAUGGACCAAAUACCUUUUUCCAUCCAGUGAUCCAAAUACAGAGACUUAUUUCUGUGUAACACAUAUCUGUUGUUCCAGACGGGAGUUUGGUGAGGAGUAAAGUUGUUUUUACACACAUCAAAGAACAAAA